AUGUCGGAAGGCCGGGUGGUAAAGCGGAGAUCCACCACCUCCAAGGCCAAGUCUAAGAAGCGAUAUCGUGGAGAUGACGACGACGGCUCUCGAAAACGGAGGAAGCCCGCCCAUGAUGAAGACGAAGGUUACCUCGAUCUCGAGGCCGGUGUCAAUAAAAAGAUUGCCCUUGUCGAUAGCCUCCUUCUAGCCGAUCACUUAGCCAAGAAGAUCAGGAGGUUUGGUACUGAUCUUACUCCCGUCGAACUCAGCUGUUUAGACAUAUCACCCAGCUCCAUCACGGACACUUCGUCGUUCCAGCAGACGCGGAGUCUAGAAAACCUCCCAGACUUCCUCGAGCAGUUCGCGGACCCAAAAAGGUUAUGUGAAGCACCAAAGCAGAAUGGCUCACCGCACACCAUCGUCGUUACUAGCGCCGGCCUACGGGCCGCAGACAUCGUCAGAUCUGUCCGCAAAUACCAAACCAAAACUAACACGAUCGCCAAGUUGUUCGCCAAACAUAUAAAGCUAGAAGAAAGUGUACAAUUCCUAGAGAAGCAUCGCACCGGCAUUGCGGUGGGCACGCCCGUUAGGCUCUCCGACUUGGUCGAGAAUUCGGCGCUCAAACUGGACAACCUAGAGCGUCUCGUAAUUGACGCCUCACACAUCGACCAGAAAAAGCGCGGCAUCAUGGAUAUGAAGGAGACUAUGGUGCCACUUGCCCGCUGGCUUGCGAGGCAUGAGUUCAAGGAGCGCUACGUCGACCCCGACAAGGGCCUGCAGCUGCUCUUCUUCUAG